UUGCCACUCAUCACUGAAAAUAUCAUUUAUCUCUUUGCCAUUAUAUCUAUGGACGGACUCGUUCAGUUGUUGGAAUGUACGACUCUUCUGAUCUCCUCUUCUUUUCAGUGCCUCCUUCCAAUCCAAUAACAAGCAGGCACCAAAAUAGUGUGAUACAUAAAUGGCUGCAACGAACGCGUCAAUCUUUGCCUCUUCCACCACACAACCAUGCUUGCCUAUUAGAAUUCCAAACACGCUUGCCAGUACUUUUCUCAAUGUUUCACUACCAAGAUGUUACCUUGUGAAGGAAAGAAAUGUGAAAGUCACCCGAACAAUCAAUGCAGCUGUUGCAGUUGCAACAACUCCAGCUCAGGAAAUUGAAGAGUACAAGAUUCCUUCAUGGGCUAAUUUUGAGCUUGGGAAAGCUUCUGUCUACUGGAAAACCAUGAAUGGCCUCCCUCCUACUUCAGGAGAAAAACUAAAACUCUUCUAUAAUCCCACUUCAACUCAACUUGCUCCUAAUGAAGAAUUUGGAAUCGCUUUUAAUGGAGGGUUUAAUCAGCCAAUUAUGUGUGGUGGUGAGCCAAGGGCUAUGCUCAGAAAAGAUAGAGGCAAAGCUGAUGCUCCGAUAUAUAGCAUUCAAAUAUGCGUUCCUAAACAUGCUCUGAACUUGAUCUUCUCCUUCACAAAUGGAGUAGACUGGGAUGGUCCUUAUAGACUACAGUUCCAAGUUCCCAAGGUUCUUCAGAACAAGCCUAUUGAAUUCUUUAAUGAGGGUUUGGCAGAGGAACUGGGCAAAGAAGGAGCAUGUGAGCAAGCAAUCUUUCCAGACUCAAAUAAAGUUAUAACCAAAUGUGCCAUGCUUGGCAAUUUAACAGUAGAAGGGGGUGAUCGCUGCGAUCUGAAUCUUGUUGAAGGGUGCACAGAUCCUAGUUCACACCUCUACAACCCACUAGCCAAUGUAGAUGAUGGAACAUGUCCACUUGACCUGGAUUCUGACUCUGAAGCCUAGAGUUAUAUUUUACAUGAAUGUUCAUCUCGAUUAUACUUAUACAUGUUGGUUUGAAGUCCAAGGGGCAUUGUAAAUUCGACAGGCAAUAGUUGUCCCCUGCUAUAGUAUAGAAAAACCUAUGGCUCCCUCUGCUGUAUUUCUCUAUAAGAAUGUGUUUCAAACUUGAAGCUGGUUUUAUCUCAUUUGAGGGAAGUACAUACUAUUUGCCAAGCUACAAUUAAGAUACUUGUUUAUAAAUACAGAUUUUGUUUCAUGGUAA